GGCGGCUGUGAUUGGUCGGUUGUGAGCGUAAGUAGCGGAGUUUUCGCGCGCUUUCCAUCAGUUGAGGCUAACUUUCCCGCGCGUUGCACCACUGUGCUAAAGUACGAAUCAAAGUUAUGAGUGUUUAACGAAAAUUCCUGUUCAAUACUUGUUUCUGCUGCUGUUGAUAAAGAUCUUUAAAAAAAUGGGAGCCAAUAGAGCCUGCCUCGUGUUCAUAACCAUCCACCUGGUGUCCCUCGCCGCCGCACAGGAGAUGUCCAAGCGCGUGCCGCAGGGGUUUCUCGGCAUGCGGGGCAAGAAGUACUUCGACGACGAAGGAAUCGAACAGUUUUACAAAAGGAAGCCGCAGUUCUUUGUUGGGGUCAAAGGGAAAAAGAGCCUUCAGGACAUCCUAGAAGCCCCUGAGGAGUAUUACAAACGAGCGCCGAUGGGUUUCAUGGGAAUGAGAGGCAAGAAGGAAGUCCUCUUCCCAGAGUUCGACAGCAAUGAGCUGGCGCCGAAGAGGGACGGAUCCCUGAUCGGGCAAAUCGACUACUCCUCAAGCGAGAACCGAAACGACCCCGACUUCCCCCUGCUCAACGAACUACUCCUACAGUAUCUGUCGAAGAUAGAGCGCCCUGCGGCCAAGCUGAUCCCCGAAACCAUGGAGUCUGACAUCGAACCUCUGACCAACGAAGUGGAGAAACGCGCUGCGAACAUCCAUCAGUUCUUUGGCGUACGCGGCAAGAAGUCCAUGAACAACAAGCGACCCUACGAUCUGACGUUCCGCGGGAAAUUUAUUGGCGUGAGGGGCAAAAAGGAUCUGAAGAAUAGUGGCCCGCAUGAAAUUAAGUUUUUGCUCGAUCAGAAUGGACCCCUGCCCAAGAGAAAGGCUCAGAUGGGAUUCUUCGGAAUGCGAGGCAAGAAGUGGGCUGACGAGAUCAUAUCAUCUAUCACGAACGAAUAUCGUUGGAACAGAAACCACCCCCGAAAUGGACUCCCCAAACUAAGUGUCUUCAAAAACUAUUGAUUAUAA